GAAUAAAAAUUCGGGAAUUUAGAGAAUUAUGAGAUACAAUGAAAAUCUGCCUUUAGAUUCAAAGAAAACUUCUUAUAAAUUUCCUAAAAAUUUACUUUAUAUAAUUUUUGGCAUACUCACAUUUAGUGGAAUAGUCACAGUAGCAUUAAUUUCGAAUAUUUUAUUAGGAAAACAUCAAGUUCAAUCUCAUGGAGCAGUCUCUAGUGAUGUUAAAGUAUGUUCUGAAAUAGGUGUAGAACAGAUGAAAAAGAAAGGAACUGCUGUUGAUGCUGCAAUUGCAACUAUGUUUUGUUUAGGUGUGGUUAAUAGUGGGCAUUCUGGAAUUGGAGGCGGAGGCUUUAUGUUGAUAUAUUCUCAUGUAACAAAUGAAUCUCACGCUAUAGAUUUUCGAGAGACUUUACCCUUUAGCGUUAGUGAUCCUUCUAUUAAUGAAGGCACCUCUAUAGGCGUUCCAGGUGAAGUUAAAGGAAUGUAUUUGGCGCAUAAAUUAUAUGGAAAACUUCAAUGGAGAGUAUUGAUUGAGCCUGCUAUCAAUUUAGCCGAAAACGGGUAUAUUAUGACUCUAGCAACUGUUAAAUCGCUACAUAAAAAAUUCGAAUCCCCUCUAAAAAUGAUGACUCAUUAUCCUCUCCUCGCCGAAAUUUACGUCAAGAAAAUUAGUUUAAACUACACCUCGCCGAAACAAUAUAGGUUCGUAAAGGUUGGUGAAACGACUACCAAUCUGAGAUUGGCAAAUUCUCUUAGACUUAUAGCCAAUCACGGUCCUGAGGCCCUAUAUCAAGGUCCUUUAGCCGCCGAAAUAGUUAAAGUGGUUCAAGCCAAAGGAGGCUUACUCACUUUGGAAGACCUGUAUACGUUUCAACCUGUGCUUAGACGCCCUUAUAGUUUCAAUCUCAUGAAAGGGAGAUAUAGAGCCUUAACAUUUCCUUUACCAGCUUCCGGCCCAGUUUUGGCUCUUAUUCUUCAGAUCAUAGAAAAACUGGGUUUAUCUCGAUUGACUUCUUAUUCCGAUAUAGAUGGCUUUCAUAACGAAGAAAUUAGUGAAGAAAAAAUUAAAAAAGUUAGUAACGGCAUUUCCGAUCUAGAUGUACAAUUCUUUGAUAGCCUUACCCAGAAAUAUCCUUCCCUUAAAAAAGUUAUCAUAAAUAUGCAAGAAAAAGAUGGGAGUUCACCCGAAGAUUUGGUGUCUUAUUUUGAUUCAUUUGCAGAUUCCGGGGAAAAGAAAAAAGUUGGAAAAUCUAGGCGAUUCAUAAGCGAAAAAAUUAUCGAAACACCUGGUUAUGAAAGAGUGAAAAAUAAAUAUUUCAAGAACCUUCCUGCAACUUAUACGGCGCUCUAUUACCAUUGGCUGGUAGAAGCGCUUAAGUUUAGUCAAGCUCACGCACACUUGCUCGGUGAUCCUACUUCCGAUUCAUACAACUAUACUUAUGAAUCAAUGGGAACUAAUGACGAUUCCUUAUCAAAUAACCUACACUAUCAGUUCUCUUCCGAUAAACCUUACUCAUACCCCGAUCUAAGAGCCAUCGUUCAUUCUAUAUCUAAUGAUACGACUUUCGAUUUUUCCAGCGGACAUUAUAAUAUACCCCCUAUCAAUUCCAUAAAUAAAGUGGGGACGGCUCACGUAAGUGUAAUAGAUGAUGACGAACUUAUGGUAUCCGUUACUAGUACUUUGAAUAAUAUUUUUGGGUCAAAAAUAAUAACCAAACACGGCAUCCUGUUGAAUGACGAAAUGAACGAUUUUACUUCUCCACCCGAGAAGAAUGGCAAACUAUUACCGAAUGCACCCCGUGCGGGCAAGAGACCUUUAUCAAACAUGGUUCCCACAAUAAUCUAUGAAAUAGAUAAGCCUUGUGGUCUUCGGCUUGUUAUAGGGGGUUCUAACGGUUCUCGUAUAAUUAGUGGGGUAGCUCAAGUCUUGCUCAACUUGCUAGCGUUAGGGGAUACUUUACCUCAGGCUAUUGCUAGACCUAGAAUCUACAUGAAUCUUGACACUAAUAGGGUUGAUGUUGAAGAACAUUUCCCAGAUAAAAUGAUUCAAGAAUUAAGCGCCAAGAAUCACAAUAUAUUUAAAGUUCCCGAAGGGCUCAACUCUGUCAUUCCUAUCAUGAAAAUAAAGGAUACAUUGUGGGCAACCUCAGAUCCAAGAAAAUCUGAAGUGCAAUCUGCUGCAAUAUAUUAAUAUCUUUUAGAAUUAUAGAACUAAAAAUAUCAUUCUUAUGACCAAAAAUUUUAUAUUUUAUUUAAUGUGUUUUGUAUAUAAUUUUUUGACCCAGUAUUUAAUAUUUUAAAUAUAGUUACUUGUUUUAUCAUAUUUAUAUAAAUAAUUGUGGAACAUUCCUCCAGAUUUUAAGAAAUUAUAGACCUAAUAAAGUAUUGC